CCAAACAUCAAAUCACUUGUUUAUCAACCUCACUCAAAACAAAUCCACCCAUAAUAACAAUAUGGCUCCCACAAAGGUCGGAAUCAACGGCUUCGGUCGCAUUGGACGCAUCGUCUUCCGCAAUGCCGUCGAGCUUGACAACAUCGAUGUCGUCGCCGUCAACGACCCCUUCAUUGAGCCCACCUACGCCGCAUACAUGCUCAAGUAUGAUACCACCCACGGUCAGUUCAAGGGUGACAUCAAGGUCGAUGGUAAGGACCUGAUCGUCAACGGCAAGACCGUCCGUUUCUACACCGAGAGGGACCCCGCCGCCAUCCCAUGGUCCGAGACUGGUGCCUACUACGUCGUCGAGUCCACCGGUGUUUUCACCACCACCGAGAAGGCCUCCGCUCACUUGAAGGGUGGCGCCAAGAAGGUUGUCAUCUCUGCCCCAUCCGCCGACGCCCCCAUGUUCGUCAUGGGUGUCAACGAGGAGACCUACAAGUCCGACGUCAACGUCAUCUCCAACGCCUCGUGCACCACCAACUGCCUGGCACCUCUCGCCAAGGUCAUCAACGACAACUUCACCAUCAUCGAGGGCCUCAUGACCACCAUCCACUCCUACACCGCCACCCAGAAGACCGUUGACGGCCCAUCCGCCAAGGACUGGCGUGGAGGCCGCACUGCGGCCCAGAACAUCAUCCCCUCAAGCACCGGUGCCGCUAAGGCCGUCGGCAAGGUUAUCCCCGCCCUGAACGGAAAGCUUACCGGCAUGUCCAUGCGUGUUCCAACCGCCAACGUCUCUGUUGUCGACCUUACCGUCCGCAUCGACAAGAGCGCCAACUACGAGGAGAUCAAGGCCGUCAUCAAGAAGGCCUCCGAGACCACCCUCAAGGGCAUACUCGCCUACACCGAGGACGAGGUUGUCUCCUCCGACAUGAACGGCCACAACGCCUCCUCCAUCUUCGAUGCCAAGGCCGGUAUCUCCCUCAACGACAACUUCGUCAAGCUCGUCUCGUGGUACGAUAACGAGUGGGGCUACUCCCGCCGUGUGCUCGACCUGCUCGCAUACAUUGCCAAGGUCGACGGCGCUGCCCAGUAGGACCUUCUUCUCACUUCCACCCCGCGCCGCUGACGUCGCGCCUCCUCCUCCCUGCUGUUUCUCCAGAGUCUGAUAUUUGUGUGUUUUCUUCGCAGGGGGGAUCUGGUCAAGGGACGCCUAUGAGCAGGCCUCGUCGAAAACGGGAAUUUUUUUGCCUGAAAAUAUAAAACGAAUAAAUUUGCCGGACAAAAAGCGAUGCGGGGGUAUGACGAUGCUGAGAUUUAGAGGAUUUUUUUGGGCUCGAGCAAUGAGGAUGCGUAGAUCGAUGUGCUUUGUGCCUUAUCGUGAGCUUGUUCGUUGUCCUUGAGAGGCUAGAUAAAUUAUACAUGUUCUCGCCUGAUUUGUCUUCACUGUUAGUGUGUUAAUUAAUGUGUCUAUCAUCGUGAAGCGGGCAUUAUCGUCGUGAAGCGGGCAUACUGUAUAUCCUCUCAUUACUCUGAACACAUCGUCAGCCUUCAUACACCUCUCCCUCUUCAUCCCACCUCGGCCCUCCCAGA